CAUAAAGCUUGAAUAUUUUCAAGAAUGUGUAAUCAAAAAAACUUUGACUUUUUUAUGCGCUAACUUUACAUGAUUUUUGUGCUUUAAACAAAGCGUUGGUGUGAAUCAUGGAAGUUCGUUUAGUGGGAGAAGGAAGUAUGAACGCUGAGAAGAAAAAUAUCCGCGGAAUUCCAAAGCUUCGUGAACUUUUGAAGCGACAGAAAGGAGAGGCGGAUAAUGCACUUGAUGGAGUACCUGAUGUUGAAUUUACUUAUGCUGAUGCUCAGUCUAUUCAAGACGAAAUGGCCGAGUUGUACAGUUAUACAGAAGAAGAAGAGUUUGUAAGAAGUAAAGAAGCGUAUUCUCGUGAGUUUCCCUUUAUAACAAGUUGGCAGGGAUUAUCUGAAAAUGAAAAGAAAGCAUGUCUCAAUCAAUUGAUCAAUAAGAUUGAUAGCAUUGAAGAUGCUGUCCGGAUACCAGCCAUACAUGCACUACUGUAUCUAGCACAAGGUGCAUUUGAAGCUGGUAUGAGCGAGGACAAGCUCCUCAAGCAAUCCAGAGAAAAUGUAUUUCUCAUGUAUUCAUGUGGAGGCUUACAUCUUAUUAUUCAAUUGCUGAAUUUGGAAUCUGAAAAUCCUAAUUCAGCAAUAAUUAUAAUGCAAAAGCCAUCCAUCUCAAUUGUCGAUAGUGAUGUAUUAAGAGCAUAUCUUAACAUCUUGUAUAUUAUGGUCGAAACAAUGAGAUAUGAUGAUCCUACUGACUCUGAGUUUAUGAUGGAGCAACGAGAAGCAUUUAUCUUUGAACUGAGUCAACCAGUUUAUGACGAGUGUCUUCAUAUUAUAUUAUUUGAAAUGGUUGUGAAAUUCUGUGCUGGCAACUGUCCAUAUUUCCCAAUCAAAAAGAUUUUGUUACUGCUGUGGAAAACAGUGUUGGUAACGCUUGGCGGGACAAAAGAAAUUGACAAAGUAAAAAGACAAGCAAGACUGGAUGCUGGUUUACCAGAAGCGUUUGAUGAAAGAGUGCCAGAUGAAAAUGGUAGGGCAAUGACAAGCAAUGGAGCAAGCUCAAACAAUCAAGAUGAUGGAACUGAUGACAUAGAUGAUAGUGAAUUCAAAGCCGCGACACGUAAGCCAAGACCACGCCCUAAAGUCCGUCAGAAAGAUAUUGACCUAUUCCUUGAUGCAACAAGAUCAAAGUUUGUUGGUUUUCAAAUAUCUGGUGAUGACAGUACCCUGGCAGGUCUUCCACAUCCCAUCCAUGAAGGACUGCAUGUCAUGAAGAAGCAUAUUUAUACUUCACUUGGAGAAUAUCAGCUAAAUGCCGAAGAAGAAGCAUUAGAACGACCCUUCACAGCUAUGAAAUUUCAGUCCAAGAAUGAAGUUUGUGAGUCAUUGUACAAAUCAUUAUUACCAAAUAUUCCCCAAUAUAUGAUUUCCUUAUUGAAGAUUCUGCUGGCUUCUUCACCAACUGCCAAAGCCAAAACUGAUUCCAUUAACGUUUUGGUUGAUGUUCUUCCUGAAGAAAUGCCAACCACAGUGCUUGAUUCCAUGCGCCUUGGCAUUGAUGUGAAUCGUCACAAGGAGAUCAUAGUCAAAGCCAUUUCUGGUUUGAUUCUGCUUCUUCUUAAGCAUUUCAAGAAUAACCAUAUUUACCAGUUUGAAUUUAUCAGCCAGAACCUUGUGUGUGGGAACUGCAUUCCUUUGAUCCUGAAGUUUCUCAACCAAAAUAUUUCCUCCUACAUAUCCACAAAGAAUUUCAUCCCACAACUUGAUUUCCCUGCUUGCGUUUUGAAUAAGAAAUCAGAGGUGACUGCAGAAACUCUGGAAAACAAUGGUUCAGAAAUUUGCUGCUGGAGAAACAUGUUCUCUUGUAUCAAUCUCUUACGAAUCCUUCAGAAGUUGACAAAGUGGAAACACUCCAGGACCAUGAUGUUAAUUGUAUUUAAGUCAGCUCCUAUCCUUAAGCGUUCCCUGAAAGUUAAACAUGAAAUGAUGGAGUUAUAUGUCCUGAAGUUAUUGAAAGCUCAGACCAAGUACCUUGGUCGCAACUGGAGGAAAUCAAACAUGAAAACCAUGUCUGCUGUCUAUCAGAAGGUUCGUCAUCGUCUCAAUGAUGAUUGGGCAUUUGGAAACGAUAUGGAUGCGAGACCAUGGGAUUUACAAGCAGAAGAAGGCUCAUUGAAAACAUGCAUUGAUCGUUUCAACAAUAUUCAUUAUGGAUCUGGCAACACUGGAGAAGAAAUAAUGAAUGAGUAUGAUGAAUAUGAUGUGAACAUUCACAGUGUUCUGGAUUCAUCUGUUGAGCUGUCUGAAGAUUUUAAGAAUGCCUAUGAAAAGUGGCUUGAAAGAGAAGUGUUUUCAGCUCCAAUAGAAUGGGAACAGUUAUGUAGUUGUUCAUUCAAGAGGGAUUCCAACAUCGACUGGUCAUUAUGCCAUUAAUCAGUGUUUAUAGACUCUACCCGAUGAUCUAGUAAAUGUGCAUGGAUCAUUUGACAUUCUAUAGAUACACUGAGACAUUGUACAGUGCAAUAAGCAAGCCUGGACACUUUAUAAUUUAAUUAACUAAUGUUAUUCUUUUGUACUAUAGCCUAUACAACAUUUCUGGUGUGUGAAAAUUGCAUUUAUUUAUGCAGAAUAAUUAUUCUAAUUUGGGGUGGCUAGGAAAUUCAAAUUGAAAUGUGAGGGACCCACUAUCUUAGAUGGUAAGGGGUCGUAAGGACUACAUUCACACGAGACUGGACGAGUUCAGAACCGUAUUCAAAUUCGUCCAGUUCCAUCUGUUCACACGGAACCGUUAGUUGUGUUUGAAUUCGUCCAGUUUCGUGUGUCCCUUGUGAACGCUUAGGCAAAAGCCGUGAAAAUAUGAGUACUGCAACGUUCGUCCACACGAGGCCUAAUUCAACUGUUUUUUCGAACAGUGAUGGUAUAAGGGCAGACCUGUGAAAAAUUCUUACGAUCAAUUUUAAUGUGUUCAUCUUCCUGGGCCUCGCGUUGUGCAAGCUCCAUAAUACGUCCUUAGAGAUCAACUUUUGCUUAAACAUGAUUUCGCUCGCUAUACUAUACUCCGCCCAUACUCUGACUUUAAGA